AUGAUCAAUUAUAUUAUAUUGAUUAAAUUAGCAAAGGAAUUUUUUUAAUAAAAAAAGAUUAAGGAUUAAAUCUUAGUUAAAACUUAGAAUUCAGAACUAAUAUUAUAGAAAAAAAGAAUAAUAUUGUAAAAUAAAAUUUAAAACUACACUAGUUAUUCACUUCUAAAAAAAGGAAUUGUAGAGAAUAAUAAAUCAAUUAAAACAUAGGAAUGAGGCAUCAUUCAUCUAUUAGGGAUUUUUUCAAAAGAACCAAAUGUAACAAAGGUCCCUACUCCUGUCACAAUAUUUGGAGAUAUUCAUGGGUAUUUGAAAUAAAAAAAAAUUGGUCAAUUAUAUGUUGUUGAGGAGCUAGUUAAAGUUGGAGGAAAGCAUCCAUUUACGAAUUAUUUGUUUUUAGGUGAUUAUGCUGAUAGAGUUGCUCAUAGUGUAGAAGUUAUUAAAUUGCUUUCCCUCCUUAAAGUAAAGUUCCAAAAUACAGUCACAUAAAUUAGAGGAAAUCAUAAAAUUAGAGGUAAUACAUAAAAUUAUGGAUUUUACACGAAAUGCUAAUAGAAAUAUGGUAACAGUCAAGGUUGGGAAUAUUUCACAGCAAUUACUUGUAUAGUUGGUACUAUCUAUUAUGUAUGCAUGGAGGUUUAUCUCUUUUUAUAGAGGGUUUUGAUGAAAUAGACUUUAUUUUUGGAGGUUAAGUGCUUAAGGAAUUUCUACAUUUCAAACAAUAUGCCUCAUUUAAUUAGAACUCAUUAAUUAUGCGAUAAAGGAUUUAAUUUGAAAUUUGAGGAUAGAUAUAUUACUGUUUGGAGUGAACCUAAUUAUUUAUAUAGGAAUGGAAAUCUUGCUUCGAUUGUUGAAGAAUAAAAUUAGAGAUAUUUUAAUAUUUUUAGUGAGAUUCAAAUGAUAAAAGAUUUAGGAACUAAAAGCAUAAUGCUUGAAGCUGAUAUAACUUAUUUUAUUUGA